CGUUAGUCAUUUGUCAGAGAGAUACAGUCACCUUACUUGUGCAUCCCUUAAAACCCUUUCCCCUUAACCUGUGACGCCCCUAGAGUCCCGUCACCCCUGCACGUCACCCUUAAGACCCCUUACUGCGCCCUUACCACCAGACACCCUUAGUCUUUACAAUCUAUUUUUCCCUGUUUUCAGUCACUUUACGUAUUUUUAGUAUUUUUUUAAGGUUUUCUAGUCUCUUAUCUGCUUAACUCCCUCUGACGUCCCUAAAGGAAGUCUUCGCCCUCACCCUGACCGCCCUGACGUGACCUGAUAUCUUUUGCCUUCCUCAAUAUUCAGGACAAUAAGAUCCUAACCUGAGGACUCGCACUUCGAAGGAUUCCAAGGACUUCCCAAGAAAGACCCCGCGGAAAUAGAGACCCCUCCCCAAAAAAAGACCCCCCCUUAAAAGAAAGACCCCUUCAGGACCCACCCUCCGUCACAAGAAGACCCUUAAAAAAAGUUCAAUGAAAAAAGCUUCCCAAGAACCCAAAGAAAUUUAAAAAAGACCCCAAAAGACACAAAAAGGUUUCAAAAAGGACCCCCCCUAGGAACACUCCCUGGAAAAGGACCCCUCGAGGAGCCAGCGCUAUUAAAAGGACUCCCCUCAGACUCCCUCCUGCGCCACCACACUAAGGAUGAGCCGCUCCCUGAUGGUAGUGAUGGUGGUGAUGGUGGUGAUGGUGGUGGAGAUGUUGCCGAUGGUGGUAGGGGACCCGAUCUCCCAGUGCGAGUUUAAGGGACAGCUCAUUGCGGAUACCGACUCCUGCACACGUUAUCACACCUGCGUUGCCUCUGAGGACGGCCAGUUCGUCACGCAGAUUGCUACCUGUGCGGACGGUUACCUGUACGAUCUGGUUUCCUCCAAGUGCAUCCAGCAGAAGAAUGGCUACGUGCAGGACCCUGAGAGUUGCAUCACAUUCUACGGCUGCCACAGGCCGUCCCAUGGGGGAGAGGGGCUGACCAGGCGCCACUACCGAUGCCCCGGGGAACUUCGCUUCCACCCCCUGGAUAAGCGAUGUACCUACAAAGUUUACGUGCCUGACGCCCUCUGUGCCAAGCGACGCCUCCCGGACACCCGCGUGGGCCAGAGAACCACGGAACCAGUGAUCGCCUUCUCCACGCCCUUCACCACCACCUCCUCGCCUGACCCUUCCCCUAACCCCCCCACCACCGAGGCCACCACUGAGGAGACGACCAUCACCACCAUCGCUUCACCCACCACGACUGCCACCCCGGUUUCUACUGACGAAGGGAAAAUUACUCGAGGUUCUAAGCCCAUCACGCCGCGUCCUGCCGGGGAUGUGAGUGACCUUGAGCGCAUCACGAGGCUCAUUAAAGAUCAACUUCUGCAGAGACAAGAGGAGGGCGCCGUCCCCGCCUCCUCCAGGGAUUAAUGAUGAUGGCGUCGCUUCUGAGUCAAAACAUGGCGCCCUUCGUUACCUGCCUCGCCUCCUAUCAAAAUUACUACCACCAUUCCUAUAGGAGUAUAUUCCACGACACCAUUCCCAUUACCACCAUCACCAUAACCACUAUAACACAACGGGGUGCUGGUGGUGGUGGUGGUGGUGAGGGUGGUGGUGGUGUGAUCUGAUGUUGGAUCACUGCACCUGUUCCCCCUCCCCCACACCCAAACAACCCCCCUUCAUUAACCCUCUCAACCCCCAUCACCAUUUUUAACACCCGUAAAACACCACAAUUUUCAUACGUUUGUUGUUAGUGGUAGUGGUGAUGGUGGUGGUGACUCUGGAGGAGGAGGAGGAGGAGGAGGAGGAGGAGGAGGAGGAAGAAGAGGAGGAAGAGGAGGUGUUAAAGUGUUUGUAUCUGAACACUGAUUGCACUGUUGUUGUUAUUAUUAUUGACACGUUUAUUUGUUGUUGUUACUCUUGUUAUUGUUGUUGUUGUUGCUGUUAUUAAUCCUUUCCUUAGCGCUGCCCAGUUAUUUUAAUUUCCAGCAGCAUAGUAUUUAUUCAUUAAUUUAUUCAUCUAUUUAUUCAGGUUCUGUCUAUUUAUUCAUGGCUAAAAGAGAGAGUGAGUGUGAGGAAUAAAGAUUUCAACGCUA